UCAGCUGUCAAAUUUAAUGUUGAUUUUGAUUGUUGAUGUGGACAAUUUUUUUAAAUUUUAUUUAAUUUAGUAUUUAGCAGGUAUAUACACCGUACGCUGCUCUUCACAGAACAGUUAAAACUUUAUUGUGCCUAAUAUAUAACCUUAAAACUGGUUUUUUAAUAUGUCGGUGAAUAUCUACUAAUUAACCAUACCAUACUAGGUAGAAAACAUGGACUUUCUAAAAAAACUAAGGAAAUUCGAUGCAUACCCAAAAACCUUGGAAGAUGUCCGGAUACAAACCCUUGGGGGAGGUGCAAUUUCAAUAAUUUCAGUUAUAAUUAUUACCUUGCUUUUUUACACGGAACUUAUAAACUAUUUAACCCCAAAUGUGUCUGAAGAGUUAUUUGUCGACACUUCCAGGUCUUCAUCUAUUCAAAUUCAAGUAGACCUAACAAUACCGCAAGUCGCUUGUGACUUUUUAGCUUUCGAUGCAAUGGACGCAUCUGGAGAUCAACAUUUACAAAUAUCGCAUAAUAUUUAUAAAAGAAGCCUGGACAUGCAAGGCAACCCCAUAGAAGAACCCAAAAAAGAAGACAUUACAAUUAGAACUAAAAAUGUGACAAAUAGUGAGACUGACAAGGAGACAGCUGUGGGAAAUAAGACGGAACCUUAUUGUGGUAGUUGUUAUGGGGCGAGGGAUGGUUGUUGUAAUACUUGUGAAGAAGUUAGGGAGGCAUAUAGGAUAAAAAGAUGGGCCUUAGAUAAUGUAGAUACAAUUGAGCAAUGUAAAGAUGAAAAAUUUAGUGAUAAACUAAAAUCAGCCUUCACCCAAGGCUGUCAGAUUUAUGGAGAAUUAGAAGUUAAUAGGGUAAGUGGCAGCUUUCAUAUAGCUCCGGGCAAGAGUUUUAGCAUAAAUCAUGUGCACGUCCACGAUGUUCAGCCAUUUUCAUCAACAGAAUUUAAUAUGACGCACAAAAUAAAUCGACUUACUUUUGGAGCAAGUAUAGAUAGUGAAACACAUAACCCUUUAAAGAACUUUAAGGGGAUAGCCAAAGAGGGUGCCACCAUGUUUCAGUACCAUAUAAAAAUAGUACCCACGUCAUAUGUGAAAAAAGAUGGUUCAGUAAUUUCAAGUAAUCAGUAUUCAGUUACAAAACAUCAAAAAUCUGUUUCGAUUUUAUCAGGAGAGUCGGGUAUGCCAGGGGUUUUCUUCCAAUAUGAGCUCUCGCCCCUCAUGGUAAAAUAUACGGAAAAAGAUCGCUCAUUGGGACAUUUUUUGACAAACGUUUGUGCGAUCAUCGGAGGUGUAUACACAGUGGCGGGAUUAGUAGACACAUUUUUAUAUCAUUCCAUUAAAAUGAUUCAAAAGAAAAUGGAAUUGGGAAAACUUCAUUAGGGGCUAUAAGCAGUUUACGGACUACUAGUUUUUUUUUGGUGUGCAUUAGUAUGUUUUAUUUUAAAUAAUUCUGAACAGAUUAGGGUUAUUUCUAUUCAUGCUGGAUGUGAAACUUUUUAGAGGUUUUAAAAAAAUUGUUUUACGCAAAAAAUUGUCAAGAGUUUAAAUUGAAAUUCAGUGAAAACAUUAAUUCUUUGAGUAAAGUUCGUAAAAACGAUUAUACUUUAAUCAAAUAUUUUAAUAAUUUUCUCUAUAGGUUCUGGAUACAAUUCAGUUUUAAGAUCUUGAUUGAGAUUCCAAUGGCAUUUGCCAAACCACUAGCGCAUCAGAUUUUAUUAAAUAAAUUAUUUAUUUGCUUAAGA